CGUGUGGGCGAGAGCAUCCGCAGCUGGGAGCGGGCGGCGAGGGAGAAGAUGAGGUAUGGGAUGAGAAUCCAAUUGGCGAAUCAAGGGCAAAAUCGACAGCGAAGCUCCUCUGUCAGCAGCGCCGCGAACAAACGGCGAGCCGAUGACCCAGAUAUACUGUACAAGGCCGUCAAACUUAUGUUAUUCCUUUCGACUCGGGAACUUGAGGCAUGGAAAGCGGCAUGAAUCCAACAACAAAACAACGACUCAGGAACGCUUGGUUGUGGGGGAAGGGGACGCCCAGGGUUCCAUAUAUUGGGCGCUCAAAAUGACUUCGCAUCCUUGCUGCGUUUUUGCAAUGCGUUCCGAGAUUCAUCACUCACACGCAUCUGCCAGGAUAUUGUGGCAUUGGAUCCUGGCCCCUGGUGUGCAAGGGCCCGACAGUCGAAGAAAUCUUGUGGGCCACAAUGGAAGUCGGUGGGUGGCUGCUGAGUCUUGCAAGGGGUCUCGAUACCUGCACCCCGCCGCACGGGCUUUGGACCGGUGUCUUGGCACUGAGAAGUUUGUUCUGCUGAUCUUUCCGCCAACGUUCUUGCAGGGCCAAAAACGGUGACCCCGCCGUUGGAUCUUCGGCGACGGCGCCUUCUUCUCCGUGCGCCAGCCAUGCGUUCCACACGUGGGAACGCAUGAAAUUCCGACGACGAUCUCAUGCCGUACUUCGUUGACAGACUGACUCAAGCCUUCAAACACCCAGAAGCCCCAAACAGACGAGGACAUGACUCUGAACCAGUUCCAGG